CUCGUGCCUUCUUCUUCUCCUCCCCUCCCUCCCGUCCGCCCCUGUUUCCUCUCCUCCUCCCUCUCCUUCCCAGGUCAUGGCAAAGGUGAAAAGCGGAUAAAGAUUAGCAAGUGGGGGAUCAGCCUGCACAUAGGUGAGGAAGGUGACUAGUACCACAAGUACAAGCAGAGGUGCAAAGACUUGGCGAGAUCGGUGUGCAGUCAACGUUUGACAAAAAAAAAACAUGAUGGGAGGCGGGCUGGUGAUGGAUCAGGGCAUGUUCUCCGGCGUGCACAACUUCGUGGAUCUCCUGCAGCAGAACGGCGCCGACAAGAACCUCGGCUUCGGCUCGCUCAUGCCGCAGACCUCCUCCGGCGACCAGUGCGUCAUGGGCGAGGGCGACCUCGUCGACCCGCCCUCGGACAACUUCCCCGACGCCGGGGACGACGACAGCGACGACGACGUGGAUGACAUCGAGGAGCUGGAGCGCCGCAUGUGGCGCGACCGCAUGAAGCUCAAGCGCCUCAAGGAGCUGCAGCAGACCCGCGGCAAGGAGCAGGCGGCCGGCGGCGGCGGGGUGGGCGACGGGGUGAAGCCCCGCCAGUCGCAGGAGCAGGCGCGCCGCAAGAAGAUGUCGCGCGCGCAGGACGGCAUCCUCAAGUACAUGCUCAAGAUGAUGGAGGUGUGCCGCGCGCAGGGCUUCGUCUACGGGAUCAUCCCGGAGAAGGGUAAGCCGGUGAGCGGCGCCUCCGACAACCUCCGCGCUUGGUGGAAGGAGAAGGUCCGCUUCGACCGGAACGGCCCGGCCGCCAUCGCCAAGUACCAGGCCGACAACGCCGUGCCGGGCUCCGAGAGCGAGCUCGCCUCCGGCACCGCCAGCCCGCACUCGCUGCAGGAGCUGCAGGACACCACGCUCGGCUCGCUGCUCUCGGCGCUCAUGCAGCACUGCGACCCCCCGCAGCGGAGGUUCCCGCUCGAGAAGGGCAUCUCUCCGCCGUGGUGGCCGUCAGGCGAAGAGGAGUGGUGGCCGGAGCUUGGCAUCCCCAAGGAUCAGGGCCCGCCACCGUACAAGAAGCCCCAUGACCUCAAGAAGGCCUGGAAGGUGAGCGUGCUCACCGCUGUGAUCAAGCACAUGUCGCCGGACAUCGAGAAGAUCCGGCGCCUUGUCCGCCAGUCAAAGUGCCUCCAGGACAAGAUGACUGCCAAGGAGAUCUCCACCUGGCUGGCAGUCGUCAAGCAGGAAGAGGAGCUGUUCAUGAGGCUGCACCCAGGCGCGCGCCCACCGGCAUCAGCCGGCGGCAUCGCCAGCGCCAUAUCGUUCAACGCUAGCUCCAGCGAGUACGACGUAGACCUCGGCGACGACUGCAAGGGCGACGAGGCAGGCACCCACAAGAUGGCCAUGGCCGAUCCAACCGCGUUCAACCUUGGCGCGGCCAUCAUGAAUGACAAGUUCCUCAUGCCCACGCCCAAGGAGGAGACCGCUGAUGUCGAGUACCUUCAGAAGAGGAGCGCCGAGCCUGAGCUGAUGCUGAACAACCGCGUCUACACCUGCAACAACCUUCAGUGCCCACACAACGACUACAGCUACGGAUUCCUUGACCGUAACGCGCGCAACAGCCACCAGUACACCUGCAAGUACAAUGAUCCGCUCCCGCCGAGCGCUGAGAACAAGCCGGCGCCACCACCAAUGCCACAAGUCUUCCCGGCGGCCUACAACCAGCCCAACCAGGCGCUGAACAACCUUGAUUUCAGUGUGCCCAUGGACGCCCAGAGGUCCAUUGCCGAGCUGAUGAACAUGUAUGACAACAACUGCGCCAGCAAGAACAUGGGCAACGACGAUGUCACCAUCAUAGAGAGGCCUAAUGCUCUCACCCCGAGGAUGCAGAUGGACGAAGGCUUCUUUGGACAAGGCAAUGGAAUUGGCGGCAAUGGCGACGGUAUGUUCAAUGAUGUCAGUAACAUGAUUCAGCAGCAGCAGCAGCAGGCCCCGGCGCAGCAGCAGUUCUUCAUCCGCGACGACACACAGUUCGGGAGCCAGAUGGGCAACAUCACCGCUGCGUCUGAGUUCAGGUUCGGCUCUGGUUUCACCAUGCCCGGUGCCGUCGACUACCCGCAGAAGAACAACGACGGCUCCAAUUGGUACUACUGAAGAAUAAACCUGUAGAGUUCAAAUCCUUCAUAAGCUUUUAAAUUUCUCCAUGGCACAAUCUUGUGUUUCCAUGGGGAAGCGUCUCCUCCUAAGAACUGGGUAAUUCUAUAGGUCUUUUCUUAAUUUUUCAUAUAGGUUUUGCAGUAGUUGCAAAUAGGCUGGUACUUGGAACUGGUUAUAUACAUGUAUGUCCAUCCAGCUCGUGAACCUCUUAUGAAAACUUAAUUUUAUUCCUAGUUUAAUUUGUUA